AUGGAGCUGUGUGGAGCCUCCCUGCUCCUCUGCCUCUUCUCCCUCCUCACCCAGGUCAGCGCCGAGCCCCCAACCCCCAAGGCCAAGAAGGCAGGUAAUGCCAAGAAAGACCUCGUGAACCCCAAGAUGCUGGAGGAGCUCCGGAGCCGGCUGGAUGGCCUCGCAGAGGACGUGGCGCUGCUGAAGGAGCAGCAGGCCCUGCAGACGGUCUGCUUGAAGGGCACCAAGGUGCACCGGAAGUGCUUCCUGGCCUUCCCGUCGCCCAAGACCUUCCACGAGGCCAGCGAGGACUGCAUCUCGCGCGGGGGCACCCUGAGCGCCCCGCACUCGGGCGCGGAGAACGACGCGCUGUACGACUACGUGCGCCAGAGCGUGGGCACCGAGGCCGAGGUCUGGCUGGGCCUCAACGACCUGGCGGCCGAGGGCGCCUGGGUGGACAUGACCGGUGCGCCCCUGGCCUUCAAGAACUGGGAGACGGAGAUCACGGCGCAGCCCGAUGGCGGCAAGGCCGAGAACUGCGCGGCGCUGGCGGCCGGGGCCAGCGGCAGGUGGUUCGACCGGCGCUGCCGCGACAAGCUGCCCUACGUGUGCCAGUUCGCCAUCGUGUAGCCGGGGGGCGCGUGGGGCUUUGGGCGACCCCCGAGGGAGCCGCGGGAGGGUGGAGAGCGCG